AGCCUGCUAGAUAUCUCGAGCAGUCGCGCGACUCAAUCUCAGUGAUGUCAUGAGCUAGAGCCAAUCAGAGCAAGGUAUGGAUCGAGAUAACCGGGUAAAUACGCGAAAUGCGCGAUUUUCAAACAAACACGUCCAAUACGAGUUUGCAGAAAGAUCAGCAACAUGUCAAGAAAGCAAUGGACUCAAGAUUUAGACCAAAUUUUAAUCGAACUGUGGCAGGAGCAUGAAUGCCUUUAUGAUGUUGGACAUGACAUGUACCACAACCGCAUUGAGAAAGAGAAAAGGUGGACAGAAAUCACAAACGCCCUCAAACACCCAGACUUUACUGUUGAGGACAUUAAGAUCAGGGCAGUAUCCCUGCGAACGCAGUACUGCCGUUUGCAGAAACCCAAACCAAGUGGAAGUGGCAGUAAACCCUUGACCCCAAGGCAAAGGUGGCUUCUCAGAGCGAUGGAUUUCAUCAAAACAUUUAUUGUUCACCGGCCAUGUGAAACAACACUUGGUGCAUCAUUCAGUGGGCAGAGUGAUGCAGAGGAUAUGGACCUCUCAGACCUAAGGCCUGAUACACCAUCUGUAGACAGCUCCCCAUGUACUGCGUCCACCCCAAUUCCGUCAAAUCAAGAAGCCUUUCCAUUGCUGGAGGAAACUGCUUCAACUGCUUCAAGUGACAGCGGUAAACAGCCACGUUUAAGCAACAAUCCCCCAAAAAGAAAGAGGGUGUCCGAGGAUGUUUUAGAGCUGCAGAAGCUGGAUUUGUUAAAACAUAUGGUUGCUCAAGUGGACUCACAUCCACCUCGGGAUACAUUAACUUCUUUUGGGAACCAGGUGGCUUUGGAAUUGAGGGAUAUUCAAAACCCUGUUCUGUUAUCGCAAGUUAAAAGAAGCAUAAUGAUUUUGAUAUACAACGCCCAGGAGAAUGACAGAAGCGGGUCAUUGUCAUCACCUGGACAGCCUACCCCACAUCAGCCUGUCAAUUCAGGUUUAUCAAGGGCCCAGUCUCAUUCCCAGCAUCCUUAUUAUGUCUCAGGUCCUGGGUAUUAUAGACCACUUUUGGAGACACAACCCGAACAUGCCCAUGAGUAGACAUUCUAAUGAACCUGUAAACAAUUCUGGAUUUGUACUAGGUGAAAAAAUAUUGUUAUUUUAUAUUUUUUGUAGUAGUGCUGUACUUGGUAUUUAAACUUGUUUGUAUUGUGUUCCUUUUUUCUUUAAUGUAAACAUCCUUUUUAUAAAUAAAAAAACACAUUCUAAAACCGGCUGGCUGUCCAU